CACAGCAAGAAAAACCCGAGGUUUAAAAGAACAUGUGAACUCGUGCUUUACCUGUUUCAGUUCAAACCUCCUCAGUGACCUGCACAGAGGAAGUGGACUCAUGGCGCUGAGCGGCAGAAUGGACGGAGCAUCUCUUCAGUGUCUGCUCUUUCUGACCUCACUGCUCUGCUGCAGAACAGCCCAAGCUCGUCUGACUGUGAGUCCCAGCAGCUCUCAGAUGUUUGAAGGAGACUCUGUCUCUCUGAGCUGUGAGGAGGACGACAGCUCUGCUGGAUGGAGGCUGAGGAGGAAGACGGCCAAACAAACCAGAGCUGAGUGUGGAGCUGGGUGGGGAAGAUCAGCUGGUUCCUCCUGUUUGAUCGGCCACAUCGUCCCAUUGGACAGUGGAGUUUACUGGUGUGAGUCCAGAGAGGGAGCAACCAGUAACAUCAUCAACAUCACUGUCACUGGUGGAUCAGUGAUCCUGCAGAGUCCUGUCCUCCCUGUGAUGGAGGGACAUGAUGUCACUCUGCACUGUAAAACAAAGACCACUCCCUCCAACCUCCCAGCUGCUUUCUAUAAAGAUGGCUCCCUCAUCAGGACUGAGCCUACAGGUCACAUGACCAUCCACCAUGUUACCAAGUCUGAUGAAGGCCUCUACAAGUGUAACAUCAGCAGUGAUGGAGAGUCUCCACCCAGCUGGAUCACUGUCACAGGUGAAUCUUUAACCACAGAUCCACCCUCUGAUUCAGCUCCACCUCCUACCACAGACUCCUCCCUCCUCACGUUCAGUCUCCUCCACCUGGUGGUGUUGUGUCCGUACUUCAUCUCCACUGUCCUCAUGGUGUCUUUAUAUCGACACAGACCCACAGGAAAUCACCUGCCCGUCUCCAUGGUGAUGACCCCACCCACCCAGGCUGAGCAGGGAUUGGAUGAUGAUGAUGAUGAUGUCACCACAGAGCAUCACUUCUGACCUGAUCCAAUGUCUUCAGUGUUUCCUCUUUCUUAAACGAGGCUGAAGUGUUACUGACUGCUCUCUCAGUUUAGUUACAUUGUGUUGCUUUAAAAUCACAGCUUCAUGAACGUCAGACUGUUGCUUUGUCUUUGUUCCUCUGUAUAAAACCUCUUUAGUCUAAA